AUGGCGAGUAUGGGAAUCAUCACUAUUGCAACGGCAAAUUCCAUCUUUGCCGCCGUAUCUGCCACCUCCAUCGCCUAUAUGCCGCCACCACUGCCACCUCUCUGCCGCUGCCACUGUCCUACUUCCUUUAGUGUCGCCCCUCAGGAUUCUGGCCUGCCUCCUGGCCUGUCAUCGUCUUCUCAGUUGCAGCCCCAGCUCCAGCUUUCAUCUGGCUGGCUGCAGGACAGGUUUCAAUUUGCACGACUUUCGAUCGCCGACCUCAGAGGACAGGCACCACAAUCCUCUGCGUCUUCAUGCAGGAUGCGUCUAGCUGGAAGUGGAAUGUGCUGGUCAGGGGUCCCCAAGGACAUGGCGUCUUGGUGUGCAGACGAGGCAGACGCAGUAGUAGCGACAGAGACAGACAGGGAACACGACAACAUGACGAGACACAAUAAUAGGCACGAGGACCAUCGUGACCACGCAGCGCAGCGUGGAGAGGUGUGCGGUGUGCAGUGUGGAGUGUGCUGA